UGGUGUGGGGGUGUAUUUUAACAAGAAAAUCCCUAGACGGUUCUUGUUGCAAGAGUUGGAGUUUGAUAUGAGUUUUCCUAGAAUUUUCACGAAAAAUGAGUGACUUAUUUAAAUCGGCUUAUGAAUACUUUAGCGGCCCCACUAAUGGCCAAAGUGAUAAUAGUUUCGUUGGUCAAAUCGUAGAAAUUUCGAAUGUUAAGUUACGAAUAAAAAAAGUCAUAGCUGAAGGUGGUUUCGCCGUAGUUUUCGUCGCACAAGAUGUAGCCACUGGUAAAGAAUAUGCUUUAAAAAGACUUCUAGCAGCUGAUGAAGAAGCUAAAAAGAACAUUAUACAAGAAAUAAACAUUCUAAAAAAACUAUCAGGGCACCCUAAUAUCAUUCAGUAUUUAUCGGCAUCUUUCAUUGAUAAAGCUCAAACCAUACAUGGCCAGUCUGAGUUUUUAUUAGUUACAGAAUUGUGUACAGGAGGUUCUAUGGUUGAAAUUCUACAAGCACGCACUAGUCCCCUUGAACCUGAAAUCAUCACACGAAUUUACUAUCAGAUAUGUCGAGCGGUAUCCCACAUGCACUCCCAAACCCCCCCAAUCAUCCACAGAGAUUUAAAAAUAGAAAACGUCUUAAUCAGCAAAGAAGGUGCAAUCAAACUAUGCGACUUUGGUUCCGCCACUCUUGAAACCUACGCCCCUGACUUAACCUGGUCCGCGAAUCAGCAUUCAAGCUUAGAAGAAAACAUGGCGAAAUUCACAACCCCCAUGUAUCGAGCCCCCGAAAUGGUCGACACCUGGAACAACUACUUCGUGGGGCCCCCUGUCGACAUCUGGGCCCUCGGCUGCAUUCUCUACACCUUCUGUUACAUGAAACACCCAUUCGAAGAUAGCGCUAAAUUAAGAAUCAUCAACGCCAAUUACAAUCUUCCUCCUGAUCCAAAGUACUCCUGCUUCCAUGACAUCAUCCGUGGUUGUCUGCAAGUCAAUCCCGAGCACAGAUUAACCGUGUCGGGGCUUCUGGAACGCAUCGCUGCGAUCGCCGAAACUAACGGUUACAAUUUGAGAGCCCCCUUGCAGUUUCCGAGGAGAUUAUCUGCAGAAGGCGAGCACAUUCACGGCGAUGGGGUUCACAAUAACGUGAAGCCGAUACCGCCGAGACCAGUGCAGCCGCCGAGACCCAUACCGGAGAGACCCCCGCAACCCCCACAAAGACCCACGAUGCCCGCCCAACAGAGACCACCCGAAGUGAAGCAAUCCGGGUUGUUUUCGUCGUUGAAAGGGGGCGCUGGCAGUUUUUUGAAAAAUUUGAAAGAUACGAGUUCGAAGGUGAUGGCGACGAUGCAACAGUCGAUUGCUCGGACUGACUUGGAUAUGAGUUAUGUAACGUCGCGGAUUUUGGUGAUGCCGUAUCCUUCCGAAGGGAUCGAGUCGGCGUAUAAAACUAAUCAUAUUGAGGAUGUUAGGGUGUUUUUGGAUUCGAGGCAUCCUAAUUUGAAAUAUUCGGUUUAUAAUUUGUCUGGGAAGUCGUACCAUUCGAAGUUUGGGCAAGCGCGGGUCGUUGAUUGUAGUUUUGCCUUUCCGGAACAUUUUAAGGCGCCGCUGUUGAAUUCUUUGUAUCAGUUGUGCGAGGAUAUUUACCAGUAUCUGGCGGGAGAUAGCCGGAAUGUGGUUGUUAUUCAUUGCACGGAUGGAAAAGCCACUUCCGCUACUUUGGUGUGCGGCUUAUUUAUUUAUUCAUUGUUGUACGAAGUUCCUGAAGACGCGCUCCAAAUGUUCGCCGUGAAACGUUGUCCGCCUAAUAUGAGGCCCUCAGAACUGAGGUACCUUUACUACCUGGCGGACAUUGUGAAAAAUCCUCCGGUAUAUCCGCACUACAAACCCAUGACGUUAGUUUCGAUACAAAUGCAACCCAUCCCUCUUUUCACAAAAAUUAGGGAUGGAUGCCGGCCUUAUUUGGAAGUCUACAGUGAAAACCGAUGCGUUCUAUCGACGUUGCAAGAUUAUGAAAGGAUGAGGUUGUUCAAUGUGACAGAAGGCAAAGUUCUUUUACCAGUGAACACCAGUGUGUGCGGUGACGUGUGCGUAAUCAUAUACCACGCUCGUAAUAUCCUGGGUGGCGUGAUGACCCAAGGAAAAGCCACAGGGAUUAAAAUUUGCCAGUUGCAAUUCCACACGGGUUUCAUCCCAGAAGAAGAAACCUGUUUGAGAUUCAAUAAGUCGGAGUUGGACGAGUUAUCUGAAGGCCAGGAUCAUUACCAAGACAGAUUUUCAGUCUUCUUGAACGUAUUCGUUUCAGACGCGGAGAGAAAACCGUCUCAACCCCCGCCGUGGCUGACGGACAAAACGGAACGCGUGUACGACACCAUGUUCACCUCAAAGCUAGAACAAGACGAAACCAUAGACAAUUUCGCCAGUAAACCAAAAAGGCCUCCCCCUGUCACCAAAAAACCUCCAGAACGCCCCAGCAAACCGGCGCCGCCUUCCCCAAGGCCCGCCCACGUCGAGCUCGAGCAGCACGACUCCAGCGACUCGGACGCCGAACCCAUCAUGCCAAAGCCGCCUAAGCCCGUCGACCCACCCACCGAAGCCGUCGACUUACUUAAUCUGAACGCCGCCCCCACCUCCGGGUUCGCCGUCAGACCAUCACCCAGCUCAAACUUUGAUCUCCUUAGCGGUUUUGCCGACUCCUCCAACGACAACUUCGCCGAGUUUACAACGUCUACGACCGCUGCUUCUAACUUGAAUGAUAAUUUUGCCGGUUUUACCGCCAACGUGCCGCCGAAGCCGGCGUCUGCGAGUUUGUUCGAUCCGUUUGGACCGGCCGACACGCAGAAUAAUUUGUUGAAUGAUUGGGGGAACUUCAACUCGGCUCCGCCGCCGCAGUCGACAGCUCCCGAGCCGCAGCCGCAAAAACCGACUGAUUUCUUCGCCGAUUUGGGGGGUUUAGGCGGGAUGUGGAACAGCGCGUCGCCGAACAAGGUGCCUCCGACGACGCCCCAGCAUGUUCCGUCGGGGACUCCCCAGCAUAAGCCGGUCACGCCGCAGCAUCAGGCCAAGUCCCCGGCGGAUUAUAGUCGGUCGCACUUCGAGGUGCUGGGGGACAAGAACGAGCCGAAGUUGAAGCCGAAGAGCGACGACGUGUUCGGGGAUUUGCUAGGGUCACAGGGUUACACGUUCUCGGCGAAGAAGGAUAAUGCGCCGAGGACGAUUAACGAUAUGCGGAAGGAGGACAUGGCGACGUACAUGGAUCCUGAUAAGAUUAAGAUUAUGGAGUGGACAGAGGGUAAGAAAAAUAACAUAAGGGCACUCUUGUGCUCGCUGCACUCGGUGCUGUGGGAAGGAGCGAAGUGGAACAAAUGUGAUAUGCAUCAACUAGUCUCGGCGGCUGAUGUUAAAAAAGCUUACAGAAAAGCAUGUUUAGCGGUUCAUCCGGAUAAGCAAACUGGAACGGAUAAUGAAUACAUGGCGAAACUCAUAUUUAUGGAAUUGAAUAAUGCCUGGAGCGAUUUCGAAAACGAUUCCUCCCAGCAGAAUAUCUUUGCUAGUUAAUUCCUUCUUCUCUAUUAUGUGAUCAUUCCAUUUUAUGAUUAACUUAUGAUCUAUUUAUUUUAGAAAGUUUUAUUUCAAUUUACCGAAUCUUCGCCGUAGGUUAAGCAAUUAAAAGCAAGCGGUUGGAUCUCGGUAUAGACAAUAUUUUAACUUUAGUUACUUUAGAAAUGUUGUUAAAAUUGAAAGCAUUGCUGAUGAUAAUGAUAUUAUUAUACUUAAUCUAUUGUUUCCUAUAGUUUAUAAUUAUAAUAUAUUUUUAUAUUGUGUCACUGUUAACUUCUAAAGUUUCGUGCAAUCACCGUUUCGUUAUUCCCUUUAUUGUAAAGAAUUUUGUUUUGUUCGAAUUUUAUCAAGAAGUUGUAAAUUAAAAAAAAAAUAUAUGUGAAAGAGCAAUCUUCAAAAUUUCA